AUGACGCGGAGCUGCUCGGCGCUGGGCUGCACCGCCCGCGACACUGGGCGCUCCCGGGAGCGCGGCAUCUCCUUCCAUCAGUUCCCCGUGGACGCCGCGCAGCGCCGCAAAUGGAUCCGCGCCGUGAACCGUAUGGACCCGCGGAGCCGCCAGGCCUGGCGGCCCGGCCCGGGAGCCAUUCUCUGCUCGAGGCACUUUACCAAGGACGACUUCGAGCGCUACGGCAUGCGGCGGAAGCUGCGGCGGGGGGCCGUGCCCUCCCGCUUCUUCCCCUUUCUGCCGGUGGGCAUCGGCUGGUGGCACAAGCCCUCCAUCCGAGCGCUGAAGCAGCCUGUGCCCAGCCCCGCCGCGGAGGUCGCGGCCGGCGACCACAACUACAGCCUGAAGGGACAGCAGGAGGGAGCCGCCCCGCCGCCGCCGCCGCCGCCGCCGCAGACCCCGCGGCAGCAGCAGCCUGUGGCCGAGGACUGCGUUCCCGCACACCAGUCCAGAACAGUGGGGACCAUCCUCCGGGAGCUGGCAGAGAAGCAGCACCUGCCUGAGGAAACCAUGAGCUUGCUGCAGGCCCAGUUCUCAGAUCUACCUUGUGAGCAGCAGAGGUGGAGGAAGAUGGCAGAGUACUCACUGGAGAUGAGGCAGUUUGCCUGUGCUCUCCAGCUCUACCACAGAAAGGCCUACGAUUGUCUGCGGAAGAUGAUUCCCCUCCCUCAUCCUUACAGCCUGACAAACUGGCUGUCCACCAGCAAGGCUGCUGCAGGCUUCAGCAGCAGCAUCUUCACACGCCUUCAGGAGAAGGUGGAGAGAGGAGAGAAGGCCUACUGCUACUGUGUCCUGAUGGUACAGGACGUGCCCCUGCAGAGGCAGCAGGAGUGGGACCUGCAGGGCCGGCGCCGGGCAGGCUUCAUGGACUUGGGCACAGGUGCCCUGGACGCUGACGAGGCUCCGCUGGCCUCAGAGGCCAUCCUGCUGAUGGCAGUGGGCAUCUCCAGCCACUGGGCAGCCCCACUUGGAUACUUCUUGGUGAGCAGUGCCAGCGGUCCCUUGCUUGCCCAGCUGCUUCGUCAUACCAUCAGCAAGCUGAACAACAUUGGCAUCACGGUGCUGGCUGUGACCUCCCGUGCCACCGCCCAUGGCGCCGCCACUGCCGCCGCUCUGGGGAUCAGGAUAGACCCCGAGAGGGUGCAGUGCACCUUCCGGCACCCCCCCGGCUCUGCACACAGCAUCACCUACCUGUAUGACAUCUGCCACGCUCAGCAGCUGGUGAGCAAUGCCCUGCAGGAUUUACAGAGGAUAGAGUGGCAACGUGACACUGCUGUGCAGUGGCAGCAUGUGGUGGACCUGGCAGGUCUGCAGGAUCAGAGGGCACCAAAAGCAGGCAGACCCAAGUCAGGCAGGCCUGGGAGUAAGAAUUCCUACCUUAAGGUCAACCUUGCCACCCUGGUGUUCAGUGACGGUGCUGCUGACGCUCUGGAACACCUGCAGAAGCUGGGCCUGGCCUCCUUCCAGAACUGCAGUGGUACUGCCAAGUUCUUGGACCUGAUGAGCAGGCUGUGUGCCCUGUUUGAUGGCAGAGGUGCCUACAGAAGGAAGCUGAAGGGGCCUAUGGUGACUGGCCAUCACACCCAAAUCAGCCACCUCUCCAAGGAGAUCAGAAGCUGCUUCACCACCCUCAGGGACUCCAGGGGCAGACUCAUCAUGAAGGGCAAACGUAAACUGGGCUUCCUGAGCUUCUUGCUCAACACCAAAAGCCUCAGGUGGCUUUACACCAAUUACAUGUGUUCAGAAGAUGCUCCUUCCCACCACCUCCUCGCCUCUGCCUUCAGCCUCGCCCCACUGGAGCAGUUUGUCAGGGCCCUGCUGGAAGCCUGCGGCAGCAGGAGCCCCACCUGUGCCAUGUUCCAGGCUGCCUACCACAAACUGCUGGGGGACUGCAGCCUGGCCCCGGGCUCAGCGCACAGCGGUGGCUUAGGCCACGCCAGCUACCUGGGCCUGUCCCCAUCAGGCAGCAGGGAUCUGACCCUGGGCAGCAUUCGUGCUCAGUGUGCCCCGGCUGGCAGGGGGCCGCUGGCAGCAGAGCAGCCCUGCUGUGCAGCCUCCAUGGGCAGCUCGAUGCUGAGCGAGGCACUGACAGACCUGUCCCUGCAGGCACGGAGCCUCGCCAGCACUGCAGGCCGCGUCGCGGAGCAGCUGGCCGAGGGGCUGGGCUGCCAGGUCUGCCUGGCCUCCCUCUUCCAGCUGGUUGAGAUCAGGCGAGGGCGUGGGGCAGUGCUCUACAUCAGAAAGGCAGCUGGAGUGGCUCUGCCCUCGUUCAGCCUGUACCGCAUCGCAGGUGUCUCGGAACGAGUCCUGAAGUGGCACAGCAAAGGAGGAGAUGGCAGCAAAGCCACCAAGCUACAGCGUUUGUCUCUAGAACAGAAGGUCCUCCAGGAGCUCCUGGGAGGAAGGCCUCUCUUCUCCGCCCUCACAGACCAUUUCCUCGAUGGGGAGCUGUGUGUUGACAAUCACUACACCACCUUAGUGAAGCAGAUAACGCGCCGGUACUUGGACAUCAGAACAGACCCCACCAGGCACCCCAGCCUGAACUACCAGUGUGGGAUGAACAAGUGGAAGAGACCGAAGGGAACACCACCAGAAUGUAAAGACAGUCACACGAAAGGUCCAACUGAGCGCCAAGCAGGAGUCAAACUCAGGCGCAGCCAGCACCAGCUGGAACGCGAGGGGCUGUAA